AUGAAGCCAUCCACAUCAAGAGAACCCGAGAAGGUGAAACAACCAAGAACGAACUGGUUGGAGCUUCCAUCAGAUGUAAUUGCCAAUAUACUUUCCAGAGUUCAUGUGCUUGAUAUACUUGAGAAUGCCCAGAAAGUGUGCACUACUUGGCGAAAAAUCUGCAAGGAUCCUUCUAUGUGGAGGGUUAUUUGUAUGGAUUAUUUGAAUUUUGAUGACAUGUCGAAGGAAGUUGCUGUGUGGAAGCAUGUUGUGGAUAGAAGCCAAGGCCAAUUGAUUGAUAUCACCAUCAGUGAGUUUGAUGAUGAUGAGAUUAUUCAAUAUGUUGCUGAUAGAUCAAGUCAACUUAGACGUCUCAAAAUCAUAAAUUACUCUGAAGAUACUUAUCCAUAUAAAAACUGGACUGAAAUCUUGAAGAAAUUUCCGUUAUUAGAGGAGCUAAGUCUUUACUCAAGAGAAAUAUCAAAAGAAGCUAUUGAAACUGCCGGUCGUUAUUGCCCAAUGCUAAAAACUUUCAAACUUAAAGGAGGAGCACUGUGUAGAUGGCUCGGAGAUACUCAUAAUGAGAUAGCCAUAGCUAUUGGGGAAAACUUACACAAGUUGGAGAACCUUGAGCUGAUUGGAAACAGCCUCACAAAUAUUGGGUUGCAGGUCAUUUUGGAUGGUUGUCCCCACCUUAAAUCACAUGACCUGCAACAUUGCUGGUCACUUGAUCUCAAGGGAGACUUGGGGAAAAGAUGUUCAGAGCAGAUCAAAUGUCUAAAACUUCCUUCCUAUGAUGUUUUAUAUGGUGAUGAUUUAUAUGAUGAUGAUGAUUAUUAUCAAGAAUAUGAUAAAGACCUCGAGUAUGAGGGUUACAUUGACUAA